CCUCGUAAUGAUGUUAUGUAUACAACAUUAGCUGCAUCUCGGGCAUCGCCCGAUCCGGCUUUCCAAAACAAAAAUGUUGAUUCGAAGAUUUAGUAAUUUUGGAGCGCGGAAUUUUGCGAAGGUCGUCCCGAAUAACCUGAAAGGAAAGAGCAAAAGUUCUCAAGAAUGGCUAACGCGCCAGCUGCGAGAUCCGUACGUGGAACGGGCCAAAAUGAUGAAUUAUCGGUGUCGAAGCGCUUUCAAGUUACUGGAAAUCGAUGAAAAAUAUGGACUCAUAAAACCGGGCCACACAGUCAUCGAUUGCGGAGCAGCUCCCGGUUCCUGGACACAAAUCGCGGUCAAGCAAUCGAACGCAGAUGGUGCAUCUGACGGUAAACCGAAAGGCAUGGUAAUCGGAGUCGAUCUUCUGCAGAUCUACCCGAUCGAGCAUGCUAUUCUGUUCGGAAACAGCGACUUUCUGCGAGAGGAAACGCAAAACAAGCUGCGAACAACGUUGGGCGACCGGCGGUUAAAUUGCGUGCUCUCGGAUAUGGCCCCGAACGCCACCGGUAUCCGUGCGUUGGAUCAGGAGAACAUUACCACCCUGUGCUACUCGGUUCUUCGGUUUGCCUUGUUGAUGUCCUCGCCCAAGGCCUCUCUGUUGAUGAAGAUCUGGGACAACGGGGAUGUGCCCAAGCUGGAAAAGAGCAUCAGCGAGUACUACGAUUCCGUGAAACGCGUGAAACCUCGCGCCAGUCGGGACGAUUCUUCGGAGAAUUUUAUUCUGGCACGCGGCUUUCGGGGAAUCCAGCGGUAACUGGAGGGCGAAUUUGCGUAGUUGAUUUAGUUAAAAAUUAAAACCUGCCAUCCAUUAGAAA